UUUAAAUAGCAAUGGGAAUACAAAACAGACACAAGGGGUUAUUCGUUAGUAAAGGAACAACCAUUUUAACUGCAAAACCCUUUGCUUAUGUUUUACGGUCCUUAUAUCAUAACGAACGAUGUGAUCAUUGUUUACAAAGGUUAUAUGAUGGAACCAAUAUGUUAUAAUUCUCUACAUCUGUAUUUCUAUUAGUGUUUGUAAAUUAAAUGUAUGUACAUACACGCUUGUGUUAAAAUUAAACAUUACUAAUGGAUAAGACUUUUGUUAAAGAUGAGUAAUAAUAACAAUCCCAUAAAGAAAGGAACUACUAUUCUUACUUCUAAACCAUUUGCUUAUGUUCUCAGUUCAAAACAUAGAACUAACCGAUGCGAUUAUUGCUUUAAAAGUGGAAAACUCUUCAGAUGUUCUGCUUGCCAAUAUGUUUAUUAUUGUAACCAGUCUUGUCAACAAGGCUCUUGGCCUGUUCAUAGCACAGAAUGUGCAAAUUUAAAAAGAGUUUCACCAAAAAUUGUGCCAGAUAUGGCACGACUUAUGGCACGUAUAAUUAUAAAGCUAAAUCAAGGUGGAGGUGAUGAAAUAGAAUAUUACAGUAAAACUAAAUUUAGAAAAUUUAAGGAUUUAAUGUCCCAUUAUUCUGAUAUAAAGAAAGAUGAAAAGAAAAUGGAACAUUUCAUGUUUCUCUGUGGUGUUUUGUUUGGAUUUCUUGGAGAUGGACCUAUUCUAAAUUCUGCAGAAUUAAUGGGUAUUUAUGGCAGAAUUUGUAUUAAUUCUUUUAAUAUAUUUGAUUUGGAUAUGAAUAGUAUUGGUGUUGGAAUUUAUCUGGCACCUUCUAUUGUGGACCAUAGUUGUGUACCUAAUGCUGUAGCUACCUUUGAGGGAACUACUAUAAAUAUUAGAACCAUAGAAGAUCUUCCAUGUUUAGAUUGGUCUCAGAUAAGGAUAUCAUAUAUUGAUGUACUUAAAACAACAAAAGAGAGGCGUACUGAACUGCAAAGUUCAUAUUAUUUUUGGUGUAACUGCAAAAAAUGUGAAGAACCAGAACCAAUGGUAGAAGCAGCUGUAUGUCCAAAUAAAUUGUGUAAAAAUCCUUGCUUUCUUGAUAUAGAUAACUGUUCAGAAUGUAACACAAAAUUAUCAGAAAAAUUUAAAGAAACUUUUAAUGAAGUAUCUAGUUUUACAGCACACCAUUUACAGAACAUGAAAAAUAUGGCUUAUUUAGAUGUAAGUAAGAUGUGCCUCGAAAAACAAGAAGACGUUUUACAUUCUCUAAACUUACAACAUGUACAAACUUUACAAACUGCUUUUGAUUCUACUAUAAGUUUGGAACAUUGGGAAGAAGCUGAGUACUAUGCUAAGAAACUAAUUACUGGUUACUUAGUGUACUAUGGAGAGAUUCAUCCAUUGACUGGACUAUUAUACCUUAUGAUAGGAAAGAUUCAGUUAUAUUUAGAAAAGCCAAAACAAGCUCUUGAAGCAUUAAAGAAAGCAAAUGGAAUAUUGGCUAUAACACAUGGAGAACAGCAUACGUUAAUUCGGGAAAAUUUGAAACCUCUUCUUUAUCAGGCUAUUAUAGAAGGACUUAAAUAGAUUAUGUAUUUUUUUUUUUACAUUUAAUCGCUUAUAAUUGUAUAUAAUAUAUUGACAAUAUGUAAUUUAUAGUAAAUCAUUCUAAUAUUGAACAAAAAUGAAAUUUCUAAUCCUAACAGAAAAGUCAUUCUUGUUAAUCUAUGAAAUAUAACA